AUGUCAACCUUUAUCCAUACCAUCGUUCAGGUUUUUAUCAUGACCCAGGGUGCUGUGGGCAUGGUUGCCAAUGCAUUUAUUGUGGCCGUUGGCUACACAGACUGGGUGAAAAGGAAAAAGUUGCCCACUUGCGACAUGAUCCUGAUCUGUCUCAGUACCUCUCGGCUUCUUCUCCAGGGAACUAUACUGCACUCCGCACUCUUCCCAGAGAUAGGCCAGUGGAAUGUGCUCAGAGUGCAUUCGGUUCUCCUGGUGUUGGCCAGCACGGCUUGUCUCUGGUUUGCUGCAUGCCUCAGCACAUUCUACUGUGUGAAGAUUGCCACUUUCACCCAACGGUGCUUUCUCAUAAUAAAGCUGAGAGUCCCCAGGAUGGUUCCACAGCUUCUUCUGGGGUCAGUGCUGGUCUCUUUGAUCUCUUCCCUUCCUUUCAUCUGGGUGGAUUACAGCACUUACCUCUGCAACUCAACCAGGAGCCUUCUGAGAAAUGCCACCUUUGAAAGCCCCUUUGGAAACGUCUCCUACUUCAAGUGUUUCUUCAUGUAUCUGACUUGGACAAUCAUCCCCCUUCUAUUCUUUUUAGUAUCAUCCACCUUGUUAAUUGCAUCUCUGUGGAGACACACUAAGGAGAUGAGACAUGGUGUAAUGGGCUUUAAGGACCCGAGGACUGAAGCUCACAUAACUGCCAUUAAAUGCCUGAUUUCUUUCCUAAUCUGCUACAUCUGCACCUUUGUUGCCGAAAUUCUGCUGGGAAUUCCUUCCUGCCGAGCUAGGAACAAAUGGAAAUAUAAUAUCUGUAUGCUAGUGGUCGCUUUGAGUUCAGCCAUGUGA